AUGUCAUUAUUCAAAGAGUACUAUUGGGACGAGAACUCAGAGUUCAGAGAGCGUCACAAAGCAUACAUCAAACAAAAGAAUGAGCAGAUCAACAAGAGACAUUGGCGACAGACUCAAGAAGACGGGCGUGACAGAGAUCAAGAUGACCGGCAACUACAGCAGAGCAGACAUCGAACGAAUCGCGCAGCGAGACAGCAACACGCACCCAUCCCAGAGCCUGACACAUUUAAAUCGUUCUACAUCUACGGCAAGCCAUCACAGCUCAAGAAGGACCUAAAGCUCGAUGUCGAUCAGAAGGUCUCGAUCAAGCGGAUCCCAGAACUCGAGGACAGACUCAACAUCAGAAUCAACGUCAAAGGUGAUCACUGCUACGCCUCCACUUCGAGGGCAACCAGAGAGGUCAACCUAAUACUAACAAAUGGUCAUUACAAGCUCGACAAGGAGGGCACCUAUGCAGGCAAGGGCAUCAGAUACACGCGAUACAACGAGAGGGACGUUUACAUCAAGCCAAUCGUCUUCAAGUAUCUCAAGGGCGAACAGGUCCAGCUCUACGACUAUGGCGAGCACACGACAAUCAGCCUGGAGCAGUUCAUCAACAAGAAAAGGCGCAAGUACCAAGACAAGUGCGAGUACAUCCGUAUCCUCUCAGGCAUGACCCUGGAGGAGACAUUGGACUCGUUCAAGGCUGACGCCGACAUGCUCAAGGAACACACUAACGGCGUCAUCGACAUGUACACAACAGGGCAGAACAUCAACAAGGCAGCGAUCAAGCUGUUCCUUUCGUACAACAAGACGGUCAAGCCAGAGCCCAUCGGUCAGAUGGAGGGAGAGUGGAUCAAGAAGUCAGCUUAUGGCCCAUUGAUGAUGGCAAUUCAACAUGUAGGAGCUCUCUACAAGUAUGACGUCGCUAGGAUGUAUGCAUCCAUCUUGAGGAGUGGCGGCUUCAUGAUACCAAUCAAGUGUGGCGAUUUCCAACAUCUGACCGACGAGGAGCUCAGCGCCAUGAAAUCAAUCCCGUUUGGUAUCUAUCGUGCCACCAUUGUUGGCACUCAUGGCGCCUUCAAGCACAACAAGAGCAACUACUACACUCACUACGACCUCAUCUUUGCCAAGGAGCUAGGACUGACAUUCAACCUGAAGACCGGCAAGAAGGCCAAUGCGCUCAUCUACGACAGCAGCUGCAGGAAGUUUUGCUCCGACCUGUUUGGCAAGUACAUCGAUCAGGUUCUCGGCUGGAUAGAUGCGUGUGAGCCCAAAUCUAGAUUAGAAGAGCUCUGCAAGUGUCUCUACCAACGUCUAUGGGGCGCUCUCUCCAAGCGCAACAAGACCAAGCAGUGCGCAAACAUGGAGUGCGAUGCAGAGGUGAUAGAAACCAGCGAUGGACAGAGAACGAUCAAGCACGUCGAAAUCCCAUUCCCUCGCAUCAUGCCAUUCAUCAUCUCCCGUGGUCGCAAGAUGAUCGGAACGAUAAUAAAGGACGACAUUGACUGCAUCAAGCGCGUGCACACCGAUGGAUUCGUCUCGACAAAGCCUUGGACAGAGAAGACAGGCAAGAAGUCACUUGAUUAUCCCAAGUUGGGCAAGGAGUGUGGCGACCUACGAUACGAGGGCUACUGCCCGAACGCCUACGUCAAGAACAUGACCAAGCCUGUUGGAUCGUUCGCCAUUGGAACUACCGUCGACAGGAGUGGCAGCAACACCAACAAGUCUUACAUGCAACAGUACUACGAGGAGUACAAAGAGGAGAUCAAGGCCUACAACACAGAGAGAAUACCCUGCGAGGUCUGCGGCAAGUUAAUCUGGCGGCACUUGAUGAGGAAGCACGAGAGGAGGAUGCAUUUAGUUGAAUAA